AUAAUGGGGGAAACUGGGAAGGGGUCGAGUAUAUUGGAGCUCCCUGUAAAUUUCUGCUUAUUUUCCAGAAUGAUAUUAAAAAUAAAAUCUACUAAUUAAAAAAAAUACUUAAAAUAUCUACAGAAACCUGCAGAGUUUUAAAUUUUUUCCUACAGGCUCAUCAUUUCAAAUGAGUUGGUGCUUCAUUUUUCACAAAUGCUAUAAGAAAACUAAAACUAAUCGAAUUUUAUAGGUACUGCUUAAGUACUUUAUUAAUCUACUAAUUAACAAAUAUUCAGAGUAUCCUAUAUAUCCUGCACAAUUAUUUCAUUUAAUCUAUGAAGCAUAGCACACAAUGCUGAGAUACUACUGUUACUACUUUUAGAAAACAGGAGACAGUUCUGAGAAGUCAAACAAUUGAUAAACAGUGGAACUGGCAUCUAAUCUGGAUUCCCAACUCAAAGUUCUAAACCAUAAAACCGAAUGAAAAAGAUACUGUGAUUUCUAAUGCCGUCAGCCGAAACAAUGAAUGGCUGAUAAACCACGGAAUACUAUUGAAUCUACUACUCCCCGAAGGCAAAGCGGUUUCUGUCCUUUAGCCUAUGCCCGUGAGUCUGGAGGGCCCGGCAUGCCUUGGGGCGCGAAAGGCAGCCUGGGAGCUGUAGUUCUGGAGGCUUACCCACUUUGCCGGAGCCGCGGUGGCGGCUCUCUUGGCUUUAGCCAGCUGCACUGUGAGGGCGGGGCUGAGGCGGAAAAGGGUGUCAGCACUGUCUAAGCGAUAAAGGAAGACGGCACCGCAGCAUAGGGCUAAUUAAGUAAGUGCACUCGUACUGCUGUCUCACCUGAGACACUGCAUUUUUAGCGCCAGCGAGAGGAGGGUGAGGAGGAGCCAGAGCCGUGUCCUGGCCCCGUUCUCGCCUCUAAUAGCCCGCCGCCAUCGCCACCAUGCAGUCCCGGGAAGAAGCUCCGCGCUCUCGCCGCCUUGCCAGUCCCCGUGGAGGGAGGCGUCCCAAGAGGAUUCACAAGCCUACGGUCUCGGCUUGUGGGCCCGGAGGAGCUGAAGGACACUGCCCAUUCUGCAGCUUUGCUGGCACAGUUCAGGUCCUUCUACGACGCGCGUAUAGCUAAGUGAAGCCAAUGUCCAGCGCCUUUACGCGGCCUCGGACAUGCUACAUCUAGAGUACGUGCGGGAAGCCUGUGCCUCCUUCCUAGCCCACCGCCUUGAUCUGGCCAACUGCACUGCUAUCCUCAAGUUCGCUGACUCCUUCGACCACCACAAGCUGCGGUCACAGGCUCAGUCCUUUAUAGCCCACAACUUCAAGCAGCUCAGCCGCAUGGGUUCAGUUCGGGAGGAGACUCUGGCAGAUCUGACCCUGGCCCAGCUGCUGGCAGUCCUGCGCCUGGAUAGUGUCGAUAUCGAGGGCGAACGGACAGUGUGUCACGUGGCUGUGCAGUGGUUGGAGGCGACUCCCAAGGAGCGGGGUCCCAGUGCAGCAGAAGUCUUCAAGUGUGUCCGCAGGGCGCACUUCACUGAUGAAGAUCGAGAUUACCUGGAAGGGCUGCUGACCAAGCCCAUUGUGAAGAAACACUGCCUGGACCUUAUUGAGGGUGCCCUGCAAAUGCGAUAUGGUGACAUGUUACACAAGUCUCCGGCGCCAAAGCCAGAGAGCAGCAGCGGCUCUGUUGUUCCUGCAGCAGAAAACCCGCCCCAGAGGCUGGGUAUGUGUGCCAAGGAGAUGGUGAUCUUCUUUGGGCAUCCCAGAGAUCCCUUUCUCUGCUAUGACCCAUACUCAGGCGACAUCUACACAAUGCCAUCACCUUUGACCAGCUUGGCUCACACGAAGGCUAUCACUUCCUCAGCUGUCUGUCUCUCUCCAGACCAUGACAUCUAUCUAGCUGCCCAGCCCAGGAAAGACCUCUGGGUGUAUAAACCAGCCCAGAAUAGUUGGCAGCAGCUUGCAGAUCACUUGCUAUGCUAUGAGGGCAUGGAUGUGGCAUACCUCAAAUGGCUACAUUUACAUUUUGGGUGGGUGAGACCCUAUUACCGGAAUGAAAUGGAAGGAAGUGGAAUGCUACAGCAGCAUUCAGAGGAACCAGUGGGCAUUGGUGGCUCUACUACCCCAUUUAAAAAAUAUCCUUUAACCUAACGGUAACUCAGAACUAUAUACUCUCAACAGUAAGGGCAUGUUCUGCUAUGAUGCUAGCCACAAUAUGUAGCUGAAGUGUGUUUUUCUUAAGUGCAAUGACUUUCAGGAAGCCUGUGUCUUCAAUGAUGAGGUCUGUUGCAUCUGUGACAUCCCAGUCAUGAAGGUUUACAAUCCAGUCAGAGGAGAAUGGAGGCAGAUUAAUAAUAUUCCCUUGGUGUCAGAGACCAACAACUGCCGGAUUAUCAACCAUGGGCAAAAAUUGUUUCUGAUCACCCCAUGUACCCCGCAAUGGAAGAAGAACCAAGGGACUGUGUGAAUAUGACAGGACAGGAGACCAGUGGAUUAAUAUAGGUACCACAUUAGGCCUAUUCCAGUUUGAUUCUAACUUCUUUUGCCUCUCAGCCUGAGUUUAUCCUUCCUGCCUUGAACCUGGUCAGUUUCCUCACUGAGGAAGAUGGUAUUAUACCCAGUGAAUCUAGUACUGAACGAGAUUUAGGUGGAUUUAGUUAAUUAGACUCCGAGUCAGGGAGUUAAGUUCUUUCUCUGAUGAUGAUUUGUGGGUUCAGGUAGCCCCUCAGUGAAAUGCACAGAUAAGCAGGGUUUAUGUAGGUUAAAAAACUUGAAACACUAAGUUAUUUCUACUGCUUUGGAAAGUAUCUUAAAAGAGAAACUCUUUUCCUUUGCUGGAAUAAUAAAAAGCUGAUCAGUUUCAGGUUUGCUUUCAAAAGGGUAUUGUUUGAAAUAGUAAUGUAAUUUAAUGCUAGGAUUUAAACACUCAAAUCAACUUAUUUAAUAAUUUACUGUUCUGAAAGUCCAGUAUUGAUUUGAUUGUUAAAUAUAUUUGAUUAUACCAAUUAAUCUAUUAUUAAGUCUUAUAUUCUGUUCAGUGCCACAAGUACUGUAAAUUUAAUUUUCAUUUUUAAAAUAGAUAACAGGUUGGAUAGGAAUUAUUAGAUAGGGUUUUGAAAGAAUAAAUUUUCCUUCAGAACAGGGUAGCAGAUUUCCAAAACUUUAAGCUGGUGGGUUUUUACAAAACAUGUUCUACUUUAAAUAUAAUUUUCUAAGUUUUAGUUUAGUUUCCUACCUUUUUGUAAAGGAAAAAAAUGUAUAUAUGUUUAGUGUGACUGAAUGGUGAUUCUUUUUUGCAAUAAUACAUACAGAGAGAAAGGCUUGUAUGCUCAUUAAAAGAAACAAGAAAAAACAAACAGGAUUCUACUGUUUGAAAUGAAAUUUCAGUUUUAAAUUUGUAAUAUAAAAUCGGUUUUCACAAAUAGUGCCAAUUUUCCAUCUAAAAAAUUCCAUUAUAGUAGUGUCAUCUAUCCAAAAACCUUUUUUUAAAAAAGUAACUUACUUUAUAGGUUCAUAUUUUUUAUCUGUACUUGAUACAUGCUUCAUUGAACUAGAACAAUCUCCCCCUCUCACCACCCCCACCCACACUGGAAAUGAUUAUGUAUAUUUGUAUGUAUUGCCUUCAAAAUUUCAGGUGAUUGUUAAAAUAUUUUGGCUGAACGAUUUUGGUGUUCAUGUUAGAUGUAUCAACAAGAUGUGAUUAUUCUUUACUGUUCUGUGAAGUUUUGAAAAUACAUAUAAGCUAAGAACGGUAUUUCAUUGAGAUCAGUAGUUAUUGCGUCCAUCAACUAACAAAAUCAAGUGCCAGCAAAGAAGUUUAAAACUUUAGGUUGUGUAUAGAAAUGUUUUGUGUAGCAUUGAAAUAUUCUGUCAGUUUUAUAAGUCACUAAAUGUUAUUAUCAGCUUAAAGGUAUUUUUGUAUUAGAGUUUACAGUUAAAUAACAUAAGUGGAUGAUGGCAUUUGGGGCCUGUAGUGAAAGUAUAUUUAGCCUAAAAUAUUUCCCUAAGCAGUGGUAUAUAUGUUAUUUUAUUAUGGUAUUUUUAUCUGGUCUGUGUUUCUCUGUGAACUAUGCUCCAGUCUUUGUUUCUUUCUGUCACUGUCAUAAUGUGAAGAGAAGCACAGAAAGAGAGACUAAAUCAUACAAAACUGACAUUGUUAAAUGCAAGAAACUCUUAAAGACUAAGCACAGAAGAGAGACUAAAUCAUGUGUAUGUGAAGAGAAGCACAGAAGAGAGACUAAAUCAUACAAAACUGACAUUGUUAAAUGCAAGAAACUCUUAAAGACUCUUAAGUGUUUACUGGAUAGGUUGUGAUGGUACAUAUGCAUAAUAAAUGACCAGAUGUUUAGGGUUUA